UGGCGGCGGGGUAAGUCGCGCUCGCGCCUAGGGACGUGUGUUUGCGCUCGCGUGGUCAUGGAGGCGCUGCCGCCGCCGCUAGCCACGACCACUCCGGCCUCUGGCCGGAGCCGAAGACUGCUCAUGCUGCCCCUGCUGUUCUUCUUGCUGCCAGCCGGAGCUCUGCGGGCCUGGGAGGCAGAGGAGAGGCCCCGAACCCGCGAAGAAGAGUGUCACUUCUACGCGGGUGGACAAGUGUACCCAGGGGAGACGUCCCGGGUUUCGGCCGCUGAUCACUCCCUGCACCUCAGCAAAGCCAAGAUUUCCAAGCCAGCGCCUUAUUGGGAAGGAACAGCUGUGAUAAAUGGAGAGUUCAAGGAGCUCAAGUUAACUGACUAUCAUGGGAAAUACCUCGUUUUUUUCUUCUACCCCCUUGAUUUCACUUUUGUGUGUCCAACUGAAAUCAUCGCCUUUGGUGACAGAAUUGAAGAAUUCAGAUCUAUCAACGCUGAAGUCGUAGCAUGCUCUGUCGAUUCACAGUUUACCCAUUUGGCCUGGAUUAAUACCCCUCGAAGACAAGGAGGACUUGGGCCAAUAAAGAUUCCACUUCUUUCAGAUCUGAAUCAUCAAAUCUCAAAGGACUAUGGCGUAUAUCUGGAGGACUCAGGCCAUACUCUUAGAGGCCUUUUCAUUAUUGAUGACAAAGGGAUCCUAAGACAAAUUACUCUGAAUGACCUUCCUGUGGGAAGAUCAGUGGAUGAGACACUGCGUUUGGUUCAAGCAUUCCAGUACACUGACAAACAUGGAGAAGUCUGUCCUGCUGGUUGGAAACCAGGUAGUGACACAAUCAAACCUGAAGAUGUCAUGAAAGCCUGGUGGCCAAGAGAAGAUCUGUAAGUAAAUUGGGGGAUGCUUGAGUACAGAUGUUAAUUUAUUAACAAAUUAUUUGCCUUUUUGGAUAGCUGAGAUUAGUAGUUAGGACAAAUCCAGUUUUUCCUUAUACAUGAUAUAAUCUGGGACACAAAAAUCAUAGUUUAUCUUUUUUAGUGAAGAGAUGGGCAACUCAUGCCAGACUACUAAUGAUGCACUUUGGCUUUUAAAAUGAGUAAUUUGCAAAUACCAAUUUUAAGAGAUGUAUGUACCCCUGUGUUCACUGCAGCAUUAUUUAUAAUAGCCACGAAAUGAAAGCAACUUAAGUA